GACACGAUUUUCUGUCUCUUUUUUUUUUGGUUUUGCUUUGCUUUGAGUUGAGCCCCAAACAUCCAACUCGGAGCCUUCAGCAGCUUGAGGAGAGAUUUACACCAGUCAACAAUGGGGGACAUCGAGGCGCCCGACUCGACCCAGUCGCGCCAAUCCGUCCUGAAGUCGGUCCUUCCGAGCAAAGAGUUCGCUACUUCAAGAAAAGGAAUGCUGCUUAUUGGUGAAGUGGCGCUUUCUUUCAUAUCCUUUGUGUGUUUUGCUGCAUCAGCAGCAGCAGCCUUUGUGACGGUCCCCCUGCUGGCCUUCCUGGCUACUGUCUUCUUCUUGUUCGCCUACUCCACCAAAUUCAAUGAGAGGUUUCAGGGCUUCUGCUUUCCUCUCGUGGACUUCAUGAGGUGUGUGACAGCCUCCAUUAUCUUUUUCAUCAUCUCCAUCAUGGCAGUGUCUAAGUAUCCAGAUGGUUCCUCUAAAGCUGCUGGGAUCUUUGGAUUUAUCGCCACCAUUGUUUUUGCUUUAGACUUUUAUCUCAUUUUUAAUGAGCUGGCUGGCUUCCUGAAGCAAGGAGGGGAGUCCAACGAUGAGCCUUCAAGACAGAGAGAUGACUCUUCAGACUCGGACUCAGAUUGAAACUCACAAGCAGGUGUGUUCAAUCCAAACUUUGGAAAGAAGGUACCACUAAAUGCCAUCUAUGGAGGAAUGCGGGAAUUUCCUCAUUUCACGCUGCCUCACAGACACAGCAAGUAGCAAACAAUCUGACAACAGCUGGUCCCAAGUUACAUGCUUUUAUCUGAAACUCAAGAAACCUGAUGCCUUUCUUAUAUCUCUGAACUUAUCAUCAGGUUUAAAAAACAAAACUUCCUACAGGAUGUCCUGUUUUAUUCACAGAGCUGAAUCAAGGGUAAUUAUUCAAACAAUUUGGUGAUAAUUUGAUUCCAUUUAUGCCUCCUAAUGGCUUAUAAAGCUGUGAAACAGUGCUCUCUUUUUUCUCACUGACAUAACCAACAGUAAUGCCUGGGAAUGUUUUGCAUUUUGUAGCUGAAUGGUACAAACAUUUUGAGCCACUCCUUAUGUUUUUGUUACAGUUUGCUUUUUAUGAUUGUGACUUUGCUGUAAAUUGUUCAAAUGUGUUAGUAUUUUUGCAGAAUGAACAAAACAUCACAUAAAGUUAGUGUUGCCAAACCUAUUUUUGUCAUUUUGCUUGUAUUUAUGUCCCUGAUUGAUAAUGUUUUUGUGAAAUCCCAAGAUCCCCAUCUGUCCAACCACAGAAUAUAUGAAAGACAAUCAUAUGUUGUCAUGUAUCAAACACUGUCGUUCAACUUUAGCUUUGCUUUUCUGCUGCAUGUACUGAAGGCUUUUAGAAGCGGCAAAUAUGACCCAUGUGAGAAAAUGUUUUUUUCUUUGAAAUGGCGCUCUGUCUGGUAAAAACAUUCUUAAAAAAAAGCUGUUUGAUUUUGCAGUUUAUUUACAGCUGCUGCUAUGAAAUCAUGCAUUAGAGCGCCUCAGUGGCUUUUAUUGUAAUGUCAGCUGCACUACAUGAAUGUCACAGCUCUGAAGAUGAAAAAUAUCUUAGCUCUUCCUCCAAAAUGGAAUUGCAACUAGUCGAAUUCACUGACAAAAACAUGGGAAAAUAGUGGAUUGCUUCUGCCAAAUGUACAUACUGGCAUUUUCUAGAUGUUAUAUGAACGUUAAACGGUUUUCAAAUUAUUUUAGUACCCUAAGAUGUGGAAAUAAAUGUGCAUUAGUAUUGAAGAUGGUAGGUCAGGCUCCUUUUAUUAAUUGUUGCAUGUUAAAUGUUUUGUCGUUAAUGUUUUUUUAUUGCUUUGUGGGCCUGAUCAAACUCUUUAAAUAAAAGGAUCUUUUUCAAUA